AUGACAUCAGAACAUGUCACGACCGACGAGUACCCUAAGGAAUUGUGGAUGGUACUAAGAAUGUGUAAAACACCUGUAUCUGAUUGGUUAAUCGUAGAUGAUAAGACAAAAAUUCAUCGACGUCCACAUCUUCACGAAUUUCUAAGAUUAUUAUUGGAUAAAGCAGAAUAUCGUUCUUAUGCCUCUUAUAAUAGUGUUACCGACGGCAUAUUUAAAUUCCACUUACCAUCAAAAGUUGCUAAGUUAUGGCAACAUGUUAAAGGUCGACAUGGUGGACACGAGAUGACAUAUGACAAAUUGGCGCGAGCAAUUAGGUUCUAUUACAAACUGGAUAUUAUACGACCAACAGCAGGACAAUUUACUUUUCGUUUUGGACCAAAUUCGGGUUUUGGAACAGUAUGGAAACCUGAGCAGAAUGAGGAAAUAAGACGAUUGCCGUUUAAAAAGCGACCAUACAGAAAUCCUGAUAUAACAGAAGAUGACUAUCGAACAAAAGGUUGGGUGAGAGUGCCAGCUCCAAGUCAAUGUAAGCAAAAUUUCACCAAUGAUUCUUCAUAA